CUAAUUCUUGUUUAACAAUCCAAAAUGGUUUUUUUGUUUGGGUUUUACUUAAUCCUCUUGUUGAGCCCAAUAUCAGAGGCAGCAGAAGCCAUUUGUGGAGAAGAAGUAUGUGGAAAUGCUACUAUUCCAUACCCAUUUGGAAUCAAAAGAAACUGCUAUCCUCAUCCUUCGUUUAGAGUAAGUUGCCAGGAGAAUAAGCCUUUCAUUAACAUAAAUGGCAUCAAUCUGGAGCUACUCAGUUCGUUUUUCGAGAACACCGUUAUCGUCAAUUAUCCAGUAACUUACGUUAACUGUGACCGUAAACUCGGCAUCACCGGAGCCGACGUCGAUCUAGCUGGCUCUCCGUUUUUCUUACCAGGUUAUUACAACUAUUUCGGCUCGGUGGGCUGCGGGAAUUGGGCUACUAUCUCUACUAACCGAGGGGAUUCCGUCGUCGGUUGCAUGCAACCGGUAUGCCGCAGCGACGGCGGUGGUGGCUGCUAUACCGAAAUCGCUGGAAACUUUACUUCAUAUAGUGUAAGCAUGAGGAACAUGAAUGGCAGCGAGAGGAGGAGCUGCGCAACUGCUUUCAUGUAUUGCAGUGCCUAUUUCGAGGCUGUUUACCCAUUGCCCGUUGAAAUCAACAGUGGAACCACGCAUGUUCCUGCAACGCUUCAGUGGGAUUCCACCUCCUGCGGUGAUAAUGGUCAGUCGCUCCCUAUCACUUUAGUUCCUUACUUCCCCCCACCCCCUCCUUUUCAAUCUCUUUUCGGAGAGGUUUCGGGUCGGGUUAGAUUUUAA